AUGUACGCGGACAUCCCAGAGAAAUGCGUGCUUCCAACGCUACCAAGCAUAUUCAGCGGAUCUGAGAGUGGUGUGCAGCACUUGAAGAAAUACACCCUUUCGUUGAUGCAAUGGGGACAAAAUGAUGCGGUACUUUGUCGAUACUUCCCUGCGAGCUUGGCCGGGGAAGCAUUGGCCUGGUUCUAUGGGCUACUAGAAAGAUCAAUUUCGUCGUUCAAACACUUACAGAGGAAAUUCCUGACCACUUAUAUAACUAACAACAUUUUGACGCCAGGAAUUGAAACUCUAUUCAAUUUGAGAUGGAGACCCACAGAAAUCCUGCGAGGAUUCAUGACGAGGUGGAGAACGGAGUACAUAGCCUUGGAAGAAAAGCAGAAGCAAGUUAGCGAAGUGGCACCGAUUCCAGCAAAAGAAGGAAAUUCAAGGCUAUUACCAAGGACAGUGCAUGUCGUGGAGAAUGAUUCGAAACAUGAAAAGAGAGAUCCUUUAACUCCAGUCCAGGCAAAACUUGUAGUUGUAUCAAGUGGAUAUCAAGAAUGGAUCGAUCAACAAAGGUAUGAGGAGUCAAGACGAAGGAAUUACGAGCCACGAAGUUACAAUACAGGGUAUCAACAAAGGAAGAAUCAAGGACCUAGAUUCGGAGAGCGGAGACUAAAUGCACCAGAUUUCGAGGAUUUGAAGCUCCCUAGGCUUAACACGACUGUGGAAAAGGUAUGGGAGGCAAUAGUAUUAACAGAGGAGAUCCCACCACCACCCAAUUUGGGAAGAGAGCCACCCGCGGAGACCAGGAGUCAUGAGUUCUGCAAAUAUCUUCGUUUUCAUGGACACACAUGA